AGAACUACAUAAAUGAGUUGUGCAACUUCACCGGUAUCCAGUUCAGAGAGUUCAAUCGGGAGUGUUGAGAGCAACUUUGACUUGAAAUGUGAAAUUUGUUGCUCUAAAGGACAUGGAAAUCACUUCGGAGUUACUGCCUGUCGAGCUUGUGCGGCAUUUUUCAGACGGAUGAUCGUCGGAACCGGAUAUCGCCAAAAAUGUCGUUCGUACAAAACAUGUGAGCCCAAAGAUGGAAGAUGGCAAUGCAAGAAAUGUCGGCUUGAAAAGUGCUAUAGUUUAGGAAUGACACCAGAUAAUAUUCAACACGACAGAGAUUUAUUCCAGUGCUCUUUAAUAUUUCGUGAAAAAAACAGAAAACGGAAGCUAAUAGAGGAAAAUAUUCCAAAAACCGUGGAAAAAAUCUUGGGAAUUCCUCAUCUAAUUUUGUUUCGAAAAAAAGAGAGACUACAUGAAAGACCAGCCACGUAUAUCGAUUUGAGUUCAAUUAUUGAAAAAACUGAAAAGAUUUUUCGAAUGGAGCCCGAUUUCGACAGUGGAAUGAGCACACUUGAAAAGCUUACAUUUGGACUGAAACAAUCCCGACUAACACAACAGAAAUCUCUUUCGUUAAUCAAAUGCUAUGGAAAAGAAGAAACUUGUAGCCUUUGGGAAGCACAACUGACAAAAACUGCCACAUGGUUGAUGUAUUUUGAUGGUUUUCGAGAACUUCCGUUCCAUCAGAAAUUCUCAAUGUUCAAGCGUAUGUGGCAUGUCUGGGGAAGAUUGGAGCGACUGUCAAUGACGGCUGAGAUGCGUGUUAAUGGUAAUUGUGGAAAAAGGCAAUUUGUGGUUUCGCAUGAUUCUUUAGUAGACUAUGAUGCAACUCAUGUAAAAUCUGAGUGGAGCACAAGAUACUCCAUGGAAGAGUUACGAAGCCUUUUGGAUAUUCCGACAUAUUAUUCUGAUUCUCUUGUAGAUUCGUUUAUUAAUGUGAAUCCUACAGAUACAGAACUUGCAUUCAUUUUGGGUCAAUUAUGUCUGAAGCUAACAGGAAAAAUGCUAGGUGGAGAUGUUGAGGAAGUCACACAAAAGUUGCAAGAUGUUUUGGCAAAUGAUCUUCACGAACACUAUAAAGAUCAGGAAGUAUCAAGAUAUGCACAUCGAUUAACAAAACUACUUUCCAUAAACAACGAUUGGCAAAGUUUGUUGAAUAAGACAAGAGAUCGAAUACAUAUUGCAAUGGUUUUGGAUGCAUUUCAUGUGGAAUUUUCACAUCCUGAUUUAUUCCAAUUUUCUGUUUGAAUCAGAGUUUUGUACAAAACAUUAAAAUUUCCAUUUACACAGCAUCUCAUGUGUCAUACAUGCCACAUCUCCCAGAUCUCAGUUUCUCCCCAAAUACCCAAUUAUCCUGUUCAGGUGCAGCGUUAUGUGACAUUUGAAUGUUUAUUCUCGAAAUAAAUAAUUUUAAUAUUUUUA